GUAAAUGUUAUGUCCUUCACUGUUUUCAGAGGGGUCAACUUUUUUGGCUGGGAUAAAGAGAAGAUCAGAUCUAGAAAGCAGUGAUUCAGAUCACAGAGGCACCGAGGCAAAGGACGUGUUCAGACCUCUUUCCUCUGUCCUGUUUCUUCCCGGAGUAGGUUUCUCCCCUCUCCAGCUCACUCUGUUCCAGACAUGCGUGGCCUCAGACUCAAUCAUGAUGCUGAUUGAGCUACUUCUUUGCUACUACCUGCACGCUGUGGAUGCCAUUUCAUAUGAAAACCAGACAAAUGUCUUGAUGCAUCUUCCCUCAUCCUUGGGAUCCUGGCCACCUUCCUCAGACCGCUUGUCUUGCCAAAUGCUGCUCCCAAAGUCCCUGCCUGGCUUCACCCACAUGGCCCCUCUACCCAAGUUUCUGGUAAGCCUGCCACUGAUGAUCGCCCUGGAGGAAGCGGGCUGUCAGGCUGAGGUACAGGUCCUGCAGCUUCAGCUCUAUCGCCAGGUGGGUGUAAAUGCUACCCAGAUCCUCAUGAGACAUCUUCAAGAGCUCGAGAAAAGCAGAAGCACAGGAAGGAGAGUGUCAGUGGAUGCCCUGGCCUCUGCUCUGCAGCUGUUGGCCAGGGAGCAACCAGGCCCACAGAGGGCCCGACGAGCCAUCUCUGUCAAGGACUCUGAACAGGAGCAGGAACAGGGUGUCUACAAUACAGUCCAGCAGUUGCAGGUAGUGGGAACCUUCUACAACCUGGGCACAGCAUUGUAUUAUGCUGCUCAGAACUGCCUGGACAAGGCCAAGGAACGAGGCCAAGAUGGGGUCAUAGAUCUGGGUUAUGAUCUUCUGAUGGCCAUGGGUGGGCCCAAGGGACUACUGAUCGGUAUUGCACUUAAACCUGCAGUGAAGUUUGGGGUUCAACAGCUGAUCCAGUAUUACAGUGAGAAAGAGGCAAACACCCCUCCACCCGAGACCAGCAAAGAGGUCUUGGGGGACACCUUAGUUGCGAGUGACCUGGAAGAAACAACUACCAUGGUCCCUUUCGUAUCAGAACUAGUCAGUUCAGCACCUUUCUGGAGUUGGAACUUAUUCAAGGGCUAUGGCUUAUAACCUGGGUAUGGGAAUCUUGGGGUAUAAAAGAAGGUGGUAAACACAAUUACUAGAUCUCGUAUUCUGACAAGCUCUGUGUGUGUUCAAAAUCCAAAUCUCUGAUACAUUAUCAAGGAGAAAGGCAGUGCUGUUAAAUGUAGGAACUUUAAAGUUUGCAGUUUGGCUGAGGACUUGGUUUUGAAUCCAAGCUCCACUUGUUAGAGCUUCAGUGAUCGCUGACUAGUAACUUAAAUUCUUUCUCCAAACUCGGUUUUUAAGAUUUCUAAAGUGAGGAUGAUUUUCACUUCAAUGGGUUAUGCGGACAUUAAAAACGAUACGUUGUACUAAUGCUUAGCACGAUACCAUCAAUAAACAGGUUUCUGUUGUUC